GGCUCCAGCCAAUGGCGUGGCUCCGCGGCUCAGUUCUGCGUCGAUGCGGUCCACUUAUCAUCGAGUCUGGCACGUCACGAACGCCUUCCCCUUGUCUGCUUUCCUGCACGACACAGCCACAGACAGCACCGUCCUUGCACACAGUUAGGCCUGAAAGAUCCAACGCAACCAUGUCUGUCCUGAAGAUUCUAGCUCGUGAAAUUUUUGACUCCCGUGGCAACCCCACCGUGGAGGUUGACCUGUACACCAAGAAAGGUCUUUUCAGAGCUGCAGUGCCCAGCGGUGCUUCCACAGGAAUCUACGAGGCUCUGGAGCUCCGUGACAAUGACAAAACUCGCUACAUGGGCAAAGGUGUCUCAAAAGCUGUUGACAAUAUCAAUAAAAUAAUUGCACCUGCACUGGUUAAUAACAAGGCUGUGAACGUUACGGACCAGGAGAAGAUUGACAAGCUGAUGCUGGACAUGGAUGGAACAGAAAAUAAGUCUAAAUUUGGUGCUAAUGCCAUCUUGGGCGUGUCCCUGGCUGUGUGCAAGGCUGGUGCAGCUGAGAAAGGGGUGCCGCUCUACCGCCACAUUGCUGACCUGGCUGGAAACCAACAAGUCAUCCUCCCUGUGCCUGCCUUCAACGUCAUCAACGGCGGCUCCCACGCCGGCAACAAGUUGGCCAUGCAGGAGUUCAUGAUCCUGCCCGUGGGCGCCAGCAGCUUCAAGGAGGCCAUGCGCAUAGGGGCUGAAGUCUACCAUAACCUGAAGAACGUCAUCAAGGAGAAAUAUGGCAAGGACGCCACCAAUGUAGGGGACGAGGGCGGCUUCGCACCCAAUAUCCUGGAGAACAAGGAAGCUCUGGAUCUGCUCAAGAAUGCCAUCGCCAAGGCCGGCUACACUGACAAGAUUGUCAUCGGCAUGGACGUGGCCGCCUCCGAGUUUUACAAGGCGGGCAAGUACGACCUGGAUUUCAAGUCUCCUGAUGACCCUAGCCGCUACAUCUCCUCCGACAAGCUGGCUGACCUCUACAGGAGCUUCGUUAAGGACUACCCCGUCGAGUCCAUCGAGGACCCCUUUGAUCAGGAUGACUGGGAAGCUUGGUCCAAAUUCACAGCCAGCACCGACAUCCAGGUGGUGGGCGACGACCUCACCGUCACCAACCCUAAGCGCAUUGCCCAGGGUGUGGCCCAAAAGUCCUGCAACUGCCUGCUGCUCAAAGUCAACCAGAUUGGCUCAGUCACUGAGUCUCUGCAGGCCUGCAAGUUGGCCCAGAGCAAUGGCUGGGGUGUGAUGGUCAGCCAUCGCUCUGGAGAGACCGAAGACACCUUCAUCGCGGACCUUGUCGUCGGUCUCUGCACUGGACAGAUCAAGACAGGCGCACCUUGCCGAUCUGAGCGUCUGGCCAAGUACAACCAGCUGCUCAGGAUUGAAGAGGAGCUCGGCGACAAGGCCCGUUUUGCCGGCAAGAACUACAGACACCCCAUCUAAGAUGCACCUUCAACCUCAGGCCUCUGUGUUCAUCGCUCAUAAUUAUGAUACUGAAAUGCCACGCAAAGUCGCUUGCCGUGUCCACCGCUGAGAUCUGUGGCACGGUGAAGCAUCAAGCGCCUCCUCAAAGUAUGCUUUAGCUCCUGAAAAAUAACAAUCCUUCAGUGUCUAUCUGUGUCUGAAGCCUCUGUGUAGCUUCUUGUGAGUUGUAGUGAAUCUUGGUGCUCUACUGAGUGUUUGAGCUACUGUAACUUACUGUACUGUCGAGAAUUAGAAAAGGGUAUUAAGUGUGCAAUGUGUGUCAUCUGACAAAAGUCUUGUGUUGCUGUAAGCGUUGGCAGAAAUAUAUAAUAAAAAUAUAGUUUGAAAUGGUAA